AUGUGGAUGACGCCCAAAAGAAGCAAGAUGGAAGUCGACGAGGCUCUAGUUUUCCGGCCGGAGUGGACCCAGCGUUAUUUGGUGGUGGAGCCUCCGGAGGGCGAUGGGGCCCUGUGCCUGGUCUGUCGUCGCCUCAUCGUAGCUACCCGCGAACGCGACGUCAGGCGCCACUACGAGGCUGAGCACGAAUACUACGAGCGGUAUGUGGCGGACGGCGAGCGCGCGGCCCUGGUGGAGCGUCUGCGUCAGGGCGACUUGCCCGUGGCCUCCUUCACUCCUGAAGAGAGAGCUGCUCGUGCAGGCCUCGGGCUCUGCCGCCUCUUGGCCUUGAAGGGUCGCGGCUGGGGUGAGGGGGACUUUGUAUACCAGUGCAUGGAGGUAUUGCUGAGAGAAGUACUGCCCGAGCAUGUAAGCGUCCUGCAAGGCGUUGACUUAUCUCCAGAGAUCACAAGGCAGAGGAUCCUGAGCAUUGACAGGAAUCUACGCAACCAGCUUUAUAGCCGAGCCAGGGACUUUAAAGCCUAUUCUCUUGCUUUGGACGACCAGGCUUUUGUGGCCUAUGAGAACUACCUCCUGGUCUUUAUCCGCGGUGUAGGCCCUGAGUUGGAGGUGCAAGAAGAUCUUCUGACCAUAAUCAACCUGACUCAUCAUUUCAGUGUUGGUGCGCUCAUGUCGGCAAUCCUAGAGGCCCUGCAGACAGCAGGGCUUAGCUUGCAGAGAAUGGUUGGACUGACCACGACCCAUACUUUGAGGAUGAUUGGUGAGAACUCAGGACUCGUCUCAUACAUGAGAGAAAAGGCCGUAAGCCCCAACUGUUGGAAUGUCAUUCAUUAUUCAGGAUUUCUUCACUUGGAACUGUUGAGCUCCUAUGAUGUAGAUGUUAAUCAGAUCAUAAAUACUAUAUCCGAAUGGAUAGUUUUGAUUAAGACCAGAGGCGUUAGGCGACCUGAAUUUCAGACUUUACUAACUGAAUCUGAAUCAGAGCAUGGCGAAAGGGUUAAUGGACGAUGUCUGAACAAUUGGCUUAGGAGAGGGAAAACUUUAAAACUAAUAUUCUCUCUAAGAAAAGAAAUGGAAGCGUUCUUGGUUUCAGUAGGGGCAACAACAGUCCACUUCUCAGACAAACAAUGGCUGUGUGACUUUGGCUUCUUGGUGGACAUUAUGGAACACCUUCGAGAACUCAGUGAAGAAUUACGAGUUAGUAAAGUCUUUGCUGCUGCUGCGUUUGACCAUAUUUGUACUUUCGAAGUUAAGCUGAAUUUAUUUCAAAGACAUAUUGAGGAAAAAAAUCUAACAGACUUUCCUGCCCUCAGAGAAGUUGUUGAUGAGCUAAAACAGCAAAAUAAGGAAGAUCAAAAAAUAUUUGAUCCUGAUAGGUAUCAAAUGGUGAUCUGUCGUCUCCAAAAAGAAUUUGAGAGACAUUUUAAGGACCUCAGGUUCAUUAAAAAGGACUUAGAACUUUUUUCAAAUCCAUUUAACUUUAAACCUGAAUAUGCACCUAUUUCAGUGAGGGUGGAGCUAACAAAACUUCAGGCAAACACUAAUCUUUGGAAUGAAUACAGAAUCAAAGACUUGGGGCAGUUUUAUGCUGGAUUGUCUGCUGAAUCCUACCCAAUUAUCAAAGGGGUUGCCUGUAAGGUGGCAUCCUUGUUUGAUAGUAACCAAAUCUGUGAAAAGGCUUUUUCAUAUUUGACUCGAAACCAACACACUUUGAGUCAGCCAUUGACAGAUGAGCAUCUCCAAGCCCUAUUUCGGGUUGCCACAACUGAAAUGGAGCCCGGUUGGGAUGAUCUUGUGAGAGAAAGAAAUGAAUCUAAUCCAUAAGGCUUUGUAGUACAAGAUUGAAAAACUCAACAAGAAUUUAAUUCUAAAAGCAAAAAUUGGUUUGAGUUUUCAAGUUUACUAAUUUGGAUUAUGAGAAAGUACCAAGUACCAGCCGUCCAAACUGAUCACAAUUAAAAUUCUGACAGUUGCCUUUUUUUUCAUCUCAAAUGGCAGCAUGGGACUGAAACAUGAGAAUGCCACCUUUUUUAAAACUUAGUUUAGUGACAAAGUCAUUGUCUUUUCUGAUAUAGUUAAUUUUAAAGAGAUUUAGUAUUAAUGUGAGUUGAAUUUGCAGUCUGUUUUUUAGGUGUUCUGAAGAUACAUGCCAAAAAUUUCAGCUCUUAUUUUAAUGGAGUGUUAAAAUUCUGAUUCAUAUAGUCUUAAAUUAUCAACUCCUUAAAUGUGCUUUUGAACCAAUUUGCAGAAGCUCACAUAGCAGGUUCAUAAGUUUCCGAAAAGGAAGACCAUACGUAACAGUGGAGGUGUUUUGUCUAACUAUCAAAAUGUUUGAGACUUUAUUUUAAACAUUUCUGAGUCCCAAGGUAAUAUUGACAGAUUUCUUCCCUUUUCCCUCCCCAUCACCCACCUCAGUGAUACCACAUUACUGAUAGAGGAAGUCAUUAGAAUCAUUUUUAAGUUUCUGAUAUAGGAGACUUCCUGCAAUUUGGAGAUAAGACUAAUUAUUGGGGGUUGGAUUUUUUUUUUUUUAUAACUGGGGGCUAUUUUAUCAGCUUGCCUAUUAAAAGGACUAUGGUAAGUAUAGAAUCUUAAUGGUUGCCAGUUAGUAAUUCUUUUUUUUUUACUGUAGACACAAGUUUGGCCCUAUCAAAAAGGAUGAGGAAAAAAGAUUGCACUCCAGGAUUAGGAGGUGUGAGAUAUUUUAGCUUUUUUGUCUUAUCUGUGUGGGUGUUGCUGCUUUAUUUUAAAAAAUCCUGCCUAAAGUAAACACUUUGUUUUAAAAUGAUACAGUAUCAGAUUUUGUUAGAUGCUAGAAAUGGAUUUAUUCUAAAAUUUGAAACUGUCGUACACAUUCUAUAUUUAAGAUAGCACACAAGUAGAAAUAUUUAAAAGCAAUCUUAUUCACAGAUUGCAGUAAUUCUGUAUUUCUAUUAAGAUAAUCUGCUUUGUGCCAAAACAGUAAUUUCCAAACUUCUGUUAACCAUGAAAAGGCAAUCUUAAUGUUCACUAUGUAAAACUAAUUAUAAACAGGACCCAACUUAUGUUCAUAGAUCCUCUUAAGUAUUAUACAGUUUUAAAACUCUUGUUCCAAAGUCCUGUCUUAACUAUUGAAACACCUUAAUCUGUGGUUACUAAUCCAGCAAAUUCAAGGAACCAGGCUAUAACUGAGAAUUUAGAUGGAAUUGAUGUCUGGGUAAUUAAAAUAAAUGGCACAAGAGCCUAAAAACCAAAGUUGUGCCAGUGGCUUUCAACUAGGGGCAGUAACCUGGGCUUCUGUUGGCAUUUAAGCCUAAAGACAUUCAUCCCCUGCAGUGCAUGGGACAGCCUGGCACAAUGAAGAAUUAGCCCUCCCAAAAUGUAGAUUAUUUUAUUUCAAGGGAUAGGGCAGAUUACCAUUAGAGGCAAAAUUAAAAGUGCAAGCUGGGCAAACUGACAGAAUACUAGAUAGGAGAGAUUAAUUCCAACCUUCUAAAUUUGGCUGGUAAAGUGCAAUAAAGGCAUUGAUAAGUUCUGUUAGCUCACAAUAGCACUUGUAAAUCAGGAAUUAAUAAUUGAAUCAGAUUUAAGGGCUCUGUCCUGUUAUACAUAUUUAAGGCAGAAAAAAAGUUAUAUGUCAAUUAGGUACUUAUCAAGAAUGGUCAAGCUGAGAUUUUGGUUAAUAGAGUAAGCUUACAUAUCUAGAAAAACAACAUAGUGGAAAACCGAAAAAAAAAAAGAAAAAUCUACCGAUAAUUUCCCAAUAGCUUUGAAUAUUCACGGCAGAGCUUUAUUACUUGAGAGAAAGAUUGGAAGACCUGAAAGCCACUCUUGUUUCUAACCCCAGUUCCUUAAAUAUUGAAAUCUUGUACAUUUUGUGAAAUUCCAGUAUGUUUUGCUUCAGGUGUUAAUAAAAUUAGUUUGCAUCAUGUAGUCAUUGAGUGAGGGGGAGAUAUAAGCCAAGGAUUUUAAAUUGGCCCUUAGCUAUAGAGAAUUUGCUAUAAGCUAGUCUUGUUUGUUAAAAAGAAAAAAAGUGUAUUUUACUGUUUUCUGUAUUAAGUAAUUCUGUAACUGCAUGGCAGUCUUUUUUUUUAAAAAUAAAUAUAGUUGUUACUGGUCCUGUUGUAGCAGUGAAUAUAGUUAAAAUAAGUACCUUAAAAACAAAAAAAACUCUUAUGUCCUUACUGGUUACUGCCCUAUAGCUCAUUCCUACUAGUUUUCUUGACAAAUUUGUAUUCCCAGUGUCCCGUAUUGCCACUCAAAUUGCUCUACUACUAUGCUAAGUCCUUGUUAAUUGUCUUACCCUCCUUGAAACACUUGAUUACUUUAGCUUUGAGGAGAUACCAUCUCCAGGUGUGCUUUCUUAGUCUGCAGGCACCUCUUCCCUUCAAUAUCUGUUCUUCAUAUUUUUUUAAAAAUUUGUUUUAUACUGCCUUGUUCUGUGUCAUCUCGCUAGUUGAUCUCAUUUCCUUCCAUGGUUUCCUUACCAUUUGUAUGCAAAUGACUGUCAGAUUCAUAUCUCCUUUCUAGACCUUCCCUAAUUGAUAUAUCUAAUUGCUGACAAAUCCUCUUUGCUGUCUCAGGCACUACAUGUCAUUGAUCUUGCCCCCAAAUCCUGCUCUUCCUCUCAUGUUUCCUCUUUCACUAAAUGGCAUUACCACUACCAACCAUUCAUUUGUCCUUUUUCCCAAUUCUCCAAUGCUACCAUUUUAAUUUAGGCCAUCAACCUACCUAAAUUAUAGCAACAGCCUCCUUAUUAGUCUCCCUGUUUUUUAUUUUUAUUCAUUUAUACACUACAACCAAAUUGCUCCGGAAGACUUACUGAUCAUAUCACUGCACUGCUUUCACCAUUGUUCUUAGAGUACAAUACAAAUUUAUCUUCAUCUUUAAGGUCUCACUAUGCCACUUCAUCUAGGAAACUUCCUUCAUUGAUGCCCUCUAGAUUAGGUGCCCUUAAUAUCCAUUCCCUAUACACCCUGUUCUUUCCCAAACAUACACUUGGCACACUUUAUUGUUCCUGCUUAUUGAUCACUGCUAGACUGUAAGCUUUGUAAGGGCAGGGACCAUAUAAGCCUUGUUCACUGUUAUAUCUCUAGUGCUUAGCACAAUGCCUGGCAUUUCAAUAAACGUUUGGACAAACGAA